GGGAAACCCGGAACCGCGGCGCCCGGGGCCGACCACACCCCCGGCUUUAAAGGGGCCCGAGGCAGAUCUCGGGCCGGGCCGGGCCGGCCGGAGCCAAGCACAGCGGCCUGCGGGAGGAUAUGAGACGCUGUCCCUGCCGGGCGCCGCCGGCCACGGAGGCGCGGAGACGGCGGAGCCGGGGUCCAGGGCCCGAGGGGGGCGGGCUUCCUCCGCCGCGGGAUCGACCGGACGCCACCGGUGCCCGGGGGAUGCUGGACACAGCUAGGGAUCCGCCGGACACUGCGGGGACCCGGGGGACGCCGGACACGGCUGGUGAUCAGCCAGACACUGCGGGGCCCCGGCGGACGCCGGACACGGCUAGGGAUCCGCCGGACACCGCAGGACCCUGGGGGACGCCGGAAACGGCUGUGGAUCCGCCGGACACUGCGGGGCUCCGGGGGACGCUGGACAUGGCUGGGGAUCCGCCGAACACUGCUUUGGCCAGAGAUCGGCUGCACACACAGGAUCUGGAACCUCAGCUUCGCCUCGGGGGGACCCAAGGUCAGCGGGGCAGAGACGGGCCGCAGGGGCCACUGGACACUACCAAGGCCCGAGUGGAUACUGCUGGGAUACAGGCUCAGCAGAGCAGAGCUGGGCCCCAGGGGCCGCUGGACACCAUUGAGCCCCAGGAUCAGGUGACCAGAGCCGGGCUUCUGAGGAUGCUGGUCACCACCAGGUCCCAGAGUCAGCCGGCUGGGACUGAGCCCUGGGGACAACCUGACAUAGACAUCCCCAAGCCUGAGCUGGAAGGAGGAGGCUCUCCAGGAUGGCCAGAGAGGGCUGGCCCUUGGGAGUUGCAGGACAGAGCAGGCCCCCGGGGAGGGCCCUUCAGAGACAGCCAUAGAACAAGGCUGGAGUGGGAGAGCUCUGGGGACCAGCCAAACAAAGACAGCCACCAGGUGAUUCCUGGCAGAGCUGGGCCCUGCGGAUGGAAGGAGGGAGACAGUUCUGUGGCUCAGCUGGACAGAGACAGCCCUCAGGGACAGAUGGACAAAGCUGGCCCCUGGGAUCACUGGGACAAAGAUGGUCCCCAAGGGAGACACAGCAGAGUAGUCUCCCUGGUAAGGCCAGAGGAAGCUGGCCUUGGGGAACAACUGGGUACAAAUGACCAUCAAACAAAAUGCACUGACCAGCACCAUUCCACUCCAGGGCAGCCAGAAAAAGAUACCCCAAAGCCUGAGACUGAGAGAGCAAGCCUCUGGGGACAGCCAGACAAAGAUAUCCCCCAGUUAAGGCCAGGGAAAGCUGGUCUCUGCAGGCAGUUGGACAGACACUACUCAGAAGCACAGCCAGAUGGAAGCAUCUCCCAGCCCAGUGCAGAGAGAGAUGCCUUUUGGGCACUGAACAGAGACACCCUCCAAGGCUGGCUGGAUGGAGAUGGUCCAGAGAGGGACAACCUUUGGGGCCAGCUGGAUGGAGAGGGCCUUGCAUUUCGGCCAAUUGGAGAGGAUCUCCUGGGAAGGCUGGACAUUAAGAUCACUCUUGGGCAGCCCAAGAGAGACAAAUCAGAGUCACAGUCAGAGGGACAGCUGGACAGACACUCCUGUGUGCCACAGCCGGACAGUGAGGGAUGUCCUCUGGGGAGGCUAGACGGUGGCAUUUCCCAGGGGCAGCCAGUUAGAGACUGCCCAGCAGUGAGGUCUGAGAAAGACGGCCUCUGGGGAUGGCCGGGCUGUCCAGGAGGACACAGACCAGGGAAUGAGGGUCCUCUGGGGAAACAGGCUGGUGAUGUCCCCAACCAUCAGGCCAGUGGACACGGACCUCCUACAGUACCAGAGAAAGCUGACUUCUGGGGACAGCUGGGUAAAGAUGUCCUCAUGGGACACUUGGACAGAGACAGCUCCCAGUUAUUGGCAGACAGGGAUAACUCCUUGGUAAGGGCAGAGAGACCCACUACCUGGGCACAGUCUUACGGAUAUGGCCCUGAGCUACAGCCAGGAGGUGGGGGUCUGCUGGAGCAGCUGGACAGCAAGGUCACUCUGGGGCAUCCAAAUAGAGAUGGCCCCCUGGUGAGGACAGAGCAAGAUGGCCUCUGGGGGCCGAGGGACAGAGACGUUGGCACUGUGAGGCAGCUGGACAGAGGAAGCCCUGAGAUCGGGCUCAGUAGAGAGAAGCCUGGUCAUUUGGCCAGAGAUGACUCUGAACCCAGGCUGGGCCUAGAUGGACCCCUGGCUACUCUGGACAGCAGCUUCGCUGUGGGGCAGCUGGAGGUGGAGGGCCCAGGGGAGACCCUAGAAUUCCUUCUACUGGAAGAACGAUGCCACCACCUGCUCUCCAGGGGUCCGCAGGGGCCUGUGCCCCGGGUGAUCAUCACCUCUGAGCCUGGAAUGGGACUGCUGGGCCGAGAGCAAGAAGGCCCUUUCCCCCAUCCUGUGGGGUCCCCAGCCAGAGGCCCUGGCGGCAGCGGAGGCCUGUCAUCUGCUUCUUCCUUUGAUGAGUCUGAGGAUGAUGUGGUCAUCGGGGGUGGAGGCAGCAGUGAUCCUGAGGAGGGUCCCAGGAACGUGUCCUGGAGGAAGCUGAAGACGACUGUGCACUGUGCACCCUUUGUUGUGUCUUUCAGAAAGCACUAUCCCUGGGUCCAGCUCUCAGGACACAAGGGGAACUUCCAGGCUGGGGAGGAUGGGCGGAUCCUGAAAAGGUUCUGUGAGAGUGAACGGCGGAGCCUGGAACAGCUGAUGGGUGACACUCUUCGUCCUUUUGUGCCGACCUAUUAUGGGGUGGUGGAGCAGGACGGAGAAGCCUUCAACCAGAUGGAGGACCUGCUGGCUGACUUUAGCACACCUUCCAUCAUGGACUGCAAGAUGGGCACGAGGACAUACCUGGAGGAAGAGCUAGCCAAGGCCCGAGAGCGUCCCCGGCCUCGAAGGGACAUGUAUGAAAAGAUGGUGGCCGUGGACCCCAGUGCACCCACCCCGGAGGAACACGCCCAGGGUGCUGUCACCAAGCCGCGCUACAUGCAGUGGCGGGAGACUGUGAGCUCCACGGCCACACUGGGCUUCCGGAUCGAAGGCAUCAAGAAGGCGGAUGGCACCUGCAACACUAACUUCAAGAAGACCCAAGGAACAGAGCAGGUCACCAGAGUCCUGGAGGACUUUGUGGAUGGUGACCGGAACCUCCUGAGGAAGUAUGUGAAGCGCCUGGAAGAGCUUCGAGGAACUCUGGAAAACUCCGCCUUUUUCCGGACUCAUGAGGUGGUGGGCAGCUCACUUCUCUUUGUCCAUGACCAGACUGGCCUGGCUAAGGUCUGGAUGAUCGACUUUGGCAAGACCGUUCCUCUGCCUGCAUCUCAGACCCUCAGCCACCGGCUGCCUUGGGAAGAGGGCAACCAUGAGGAUGGCUACCUGUGGGGUCUGGACAACGUCAUCCAACUUCUGGACAGCUUGGCUUGGAGUUGAGCCAGGGAUUCUGGGGCAGGACUGAAUUGGGGACUGGAAAGGAAUAGCCCCUAGCUCCCACCUUGGGAUUUAUUUAUUUUAAGGUAUUUAAGCUGUUGAGACAGGAAGGGGGCAGAACUAAAAUGAAGACUGCUAGGGGUGGCAUCUGAAACAGGAUGUGCCCAUCCCUAGUGACCCCAGCUCCAAGCAGGGGGACCCACACUGGGCAGGGGAGCUGAGACUCAGUGCCAAGGCAUGAUGGGUGAGUUCAGGUCUGCUAAGUAUCCCCCCUGAGAGCCUGUAUCUGUGUACGAGACGCUAGAGCCCUAAGACAGGUUGCUUACUGUGCCGUGGGGUGACUCAUGGGCAGAGAAGGUGCUUUCACCCCACUACCAGCACCAGCUUUGUGGGGGGAGUGUCAGGGCUAAUGUUAACACUGUGAUUUCGACUGUCUUCCUCACCCUCUCAACCCCCGGUGGUGUGACCUAACCUUCCUGGUUCUGGGGGCCAGCCCUUCAGGGUUCUGCUUCUGCCAGGGUUGUAUCCUGCUCUUCCUCCCAGAGGUCUGCCCUUCCCAGCUUCAAACUGGAGGGCAGAAGCUGACAGAGGGGGGAUAGCCAAGAGAGCCUCCUCUGGGAAGGUUCUCUGCCCUCCCCCCAAUAGUAAAAGGUGUGACUACCACUGCCUAUAAGUUCCCAGGGCAUGGAGUGGGGAGCACAUGGCAUGUGUACAGUGUACAUGCUGGCAGCAUACAGUGCCAACUCUUGCCCUCUCUGAGCACAAGAACCAAAGACUACUCCAUCCAUGCACCUUGAGGGUGAGGGAGGCACAGGGGAGAAGACCCUGGUCCCUUGUCUUCCUUCUCCCCAAGGAGGAGUUGGGGAGGGGCCUGGAUUAACCCAGGAACUUGAAGAGGCUUUAGGGAAUGAUUUAGUCCACAUCUCAUUCUCAACCCAGAGCUAUGGGAAGUGGCAGAGCUGGGGGUUCAAGGCCAGACCCCCACCACUCCCCACUGCUGUCUUUUCACUACAUACCAGCUGCCUCCCAAGAGUUCUAGCCUUAAUGAAGCUUCCUUUCCUGGCCUGGGGGGUGGGGGAUGGAGAGAGAAGGGGGGGGAUAUGCGCUUUCUACUUAUUUAUAGAGUGGGCUGAUGCUGGAAGGGAUGGGAUGAGGCAGGGGCCUCUCCACUCCCUUAAAUAAAGCCUGGUGAGAUUAUUUUCCAC